AUGGCGUCUCUGUCUCCGCCGGAAGAGGCUGCAGUUUCAUAUCACCACCGUCACUCUAAACGGUAUCCCUCUAACGGCGUUGAAUCGGUUUCCGAUUUCGCCAAACGACCCAAAAUCUCUCCACCUCCGAAACAAUCGAGUUUCAUUUCUCCCUCCGAGAUCGAAUCGGAGUUCUCGCAUCACGAUCCGGACUUCGCGCGGGUCAACAACGGCAGCUUCGGCUGCUGCCCGUCGUCAAUCCUCGCUCUCCAGCGAGAUUGGCAGCUCCGAUUCCUUCGCCAGCCGGAUCGAUUCUAUUUCGACGAGCUCAAGCCCAAAAUCUCCGAAUCCAGAGCCGUCAUCAAACGCCUAAUCAACGCCGAGCACGACGACGAGGUCUCCAUCGUCGACAACGCGACAACCGCGGCGGCGAUCGUCCUCCAGCAAACGGCCUGGGCCUUCCGCGAGGGCCGGUUCGAGAAAGGCGACGCGGUGGUGAUGCUCCACUACGCGUACGGCUCCGUCAAGAAAUCAGUCGAGGCGUACGUCACACGCUCCGGCGGACAGGUCAUCGAGGUACAGUUACCGUUCCCGGUUAUCUCGGCUGACGAAAUCGUAACCCGGUUUAGAAACGGUUUAGCUUCGGGGAAGACCAACGGUAGGAGGGUUAGGUUAGCUUUGAUUGAUCACGUGACGUCAAUGCCUAGCGUUGUGAUACCGAUCAAAGAGCUUGUGAAAAUCUGUAGAGAAGAAGGCGUUGACCAGGUCUUCGUCGACGCUGCUCAUGGGAUCGGUUGCGUUGAUGUGGACAUGAAGGACAUUGGAGCUGAUUUCUACACGAGCAAUCUCCAUAAAUGGUUCUUCGCGCCGCCUUCGGUUGCGUUCUUGUAUUGUAAAAAGUCGAGUAACGGUGGUGGUGGUGGUGAUUUGCAUCAUCCGGUUGUGUCGAAUGAGUAUGGGAACGGUUUAGCGGUUGAGAGCUCGUGGGUUGGGACGAGAGACUACAGUGCGCAGUUGGUCGUGCCUUCGAUUUUGGAGUUUGUGAACCGGUUUGAAGGAGGGAUUGAUGGGAUAAAGAAGAGGAAUCAUGAGCGUGUGGUUGAGAUGGGUCAAAUGCUGGUUAAGUCUUGGGGGACUCAGUUAGGUUGUCCGGUUGAGAUGUGUGCGAGUAUGGUCAUGGUUGGGUUGCCGGUUUGCUUAGGAGUGGGUAGUGAUUCGGAUGUUAUGAAGCUUAGAACGCUUUUGAGAGAGAGGUUUAGUAUUGAGAUUCCGAUUUACUUUAGACCGCCGGAGGAAGGAGAGAUCGAUCCGAUCGCGGGGUAUGUGCGCAUUUCGUUUCAGGUUUACAACAAAGUUGAGGAUUAUCAUAGGCUUAGGGACGCAGUGAACCAACUUGUGAGAGAAGGGUUUAAAUGCAUGUCUCUAGAUAGUUGA